UUGCACUCCAGACCUCUAGAUGGCACUCGCUUGUUGUAUAUGUACCCCUGUCUUCCUCUACGAAACUCACGAGUUCUCGCGAGAGUUGUUUUUCCCCCUAAGCACCUCGCGCUCCUCCUUCCUCCCUCUUUCCGCCAUAUUGCAGAACCGGCAUCAUGGUGCGCAUGAACGUCCUCGCCGAUGCGCUGAAAUGCAUCAACAACGCGGAGAAACGUGGCAAGCGCCAGGUUCUCAUCAGGCCCUGCUCCAAGGUCAUAGUGCGCUUCCUCACCGUCAUGAUGAAGCACGGUUACAUUGGCGAAUUUGAGAUCAUCGAUGAUCACAGAGCCGGCAAAAUCGUUGUGAACCUUACAGGCAGGCUUAACAAGUGCGGCGUGAUCAGCCCCAGGUUUGACGUGCAGCUGAAGGAUUUGGAGAAGUGGCAGAACAAUCUCCUUCCAUCCAGACAGUUCGGGUUCAUCGUUUUGACGACCUCGGCUGGCAUCAUGGACCAUGAAGAGGCCAGACGAAAACACACAGGAGGCAAAAUCCUAGGGUUCUUUUUCUAAACAUGUGAAAGCACCAACCAAUAAAAACCCAUUUCCAAUGGA